AUGGAAGAAGAGCCCCCUAGAGUGGAUGCAUCCCAACCUGAGACCAGCAGUGUGACGGGUAGCACCCACACGGUCCCAGAGCCCGGGCCCGAGAAUGCGGAGCUCUUCAUCCCGAGCUUCAGCCCAUCAUCCACCCCGGCCUCCCUAACCCCCACCGGCACUCUGGCCCGGUUGGGUCUGAAGAGUUCCGGCCCCACAUCUCCCUCUGCCGCCGCCCCAGGGAGUCCAGCAGACCGUGGUCAGGUGAGCGCCAUUACCGUGGUUGCUCUGCUGGACAAGCUGGUGAACAUGAUGGAGGCAGUGCAAGACAACCAGCAACGUAUGGAGCAGAAGCAGGCUGACCUGGAGAGCGCCAUUCGGGUGGUGCAGGGCGAUGUAAGUCGCCUAUCCAAGACACAUGUGGGCACCUCCAACAGCGUUUGCAAGCUGCUAGAGCGCUCACGUAAAGUCAGCGGCCACCUGAAAGAGGUGCGGGAGCGCUUGGAUAAGCAGGCGGUGCAGGUGAAGAAGCUUGAGGCCAACCACAGCCAUCUACUCAAGAGAAACCACUUCAAAGUUCUUAUCUUCCAGGAGGACAAUGAGAUACCAUCCAGUGUGCUGGUCAAGGAUUCAGUCAGGACCCCACAACCAAGCCAGUAUGACGCAGAGUCCACUCAGCCGAACAUGUCCAUUGCCAGCUCUGUCGAUGGUCUCCAGACCAUAAGCCUUUCCUCGGAUGAGGAUCUCUCAGUUGGCAGAGCGGAGGGAGAAGUACUGGAGGCUGCUGAAGGUAGCUCCCACAUGUUUGAGCGAAGGUCUGACAAGUUCAAGCGCUCUAGUUUGAAGAAGGUCGACAGCCUCAAGAAGGCCUUCUCGCGCCAGAGCAUCGAGAAGAAGAUGGCGCAGAUCACCACCAAGAUUGUGCCACCGGAGAAGCGUGAAAAGAUCAUAAAGACCCUCAGUCCGACUCACCCCAAGAGCCCUUCGGCUAAGAGCUCCACGUUCAAAGUACCGCCCAUGACGUUCAACAUCAAGAAAGUCAGAGACGGAGAUGUUCCUUCGCAAGAACUUGCCUUGGGAGAAGGGGCACACGUGGAGAUCUCGCCACUGGAAUGCUCACCUGGAGAUGCGGCCCUGGGUGAGGCAGUUGUCCAAAAGAGUCAACAAAUGCUGAGUCAGCCCAAUGGUGAAGGCAUAAAAGAGGAGCUGGCGGUCAACGGAGAUCCGCCGAGCAUCCAGUGUGAAAUAAACGGCGACCGUUCAGCCGGUCUUGCAGUCCCUGAGCAUGAUGACGACGUCGGCGAGGAUAAGGAUGAGGAGGAAGAUGAAGAAGCAGAGGCGGCCCACAAAAAUGACGAGAAGCAGUCUCUCACAGCAGCUACAGAAACAGUUGCUGUAAAUCAAAUCUCCUAA